AUGCAGUGGAGUCUGUUUGUGCUCAUUCUGAUGGGUCAGUGUGCCUUCUUCACAUGUCACCUCUAUGAAUACCACUUCAUUGAAGAGUAUAAGAACUGGACAGAAGCCCAGAGCUACUGCAGAGACCAUUACACUGACCUGGCCACAGUGACUGACAACACAGACAUGGAGAGACUCCUUGACUGUGCAAAGAGUCGAGACGGAGUCUGGAUUGGGCUUCAUGAAAUACAAGAAGUCGGGGCGUGGCGCUGGUCUCUGCCAGGGCUGGAGGGAAGUGUGUGGGAAUGUAAAGGUGGACAGUCAGACUGUGAAGCGGACGAGAACUGUGUGAAACUGGAGGAUGAUGGUGAUGAAUGGGAGGCUGAAGAGUGUUCUGACAGAAACAAAUUUAUCUGCUAUGAUGAAGAUCGUAAAGACAAUAAAACGUUCCAUUUCAUUGACAAAAUGGAGACCUGGCCACAGGCUCAGAGCUACUGCAGAGAAAACCACACUGACCUGGUGAGUGGAUGCGAACAGUUAAAGGACCCAGAAUUCAAGCAGGAGCGUCCUCAGGAUGAAGAAGACUUGUGGAUCGGCCUGUUCAGAGACAGCUGGAGGUGGUCAGAUGGCAGCAAUUCCUCUUUCAGAGACUGGGAUCUGGACUUAUCUACAGAUGGAGACGACAAGAAAUGCGCUCUGGUUGAGAAUGGAAAAUGGAGAUCUGAUAAAUGUGAUGAAAAAAAACCCUUUGUCUGCUAUGAUGAUAAAUUGAUCCUGAUCAAAGAAAAGAAGACCUGGGAGGACGCUUUGAAUUACUGCAGACACAACCACAGGGACCUGGUGUCCAUCACUAACCCUCACCAGCAGAGGUGGGUCCAGGAGAGAGCCAAGCAGGCCGACUCUGACCUCGUCUGGCUGGGGCUGUCCUACAGCUGCUUUCUGGAUUUGUGGUUCUGGGUCAACGACAACGUGGUCUGCUAUGAUAAGUGGGACUCAGAGGAGCCGGAGGAGAACUGUGAAAGGGCUGCAGCCAUGAAGAAAGGAGGAGAGCAUGAAUGGGUCAGCAAGUUUAAAACUGAAGAGUUCAAUUUCAUCUGCACUUUGAAGAAAGUCUGAAUGACUUCAUUCAAACUGCAUGAGCGAUAAGGACAGACAACAAGUGAGGACAGUUUUCAUUCCAUCAGGAUGUUGUCCUAUUUUUCUUUUAAAGUUUGGCCUUUAAUGCGUCUUUUUAGGUUGUAUUUUGUAUCCUAUGAGUGUGAAACAGCAAGAGGAAGUUUGAAUGAAUACAACUUAUAUUGCUUUGCUAUAAUUAACAUUUAUACACUCGUUUAACAAUGUUUUAGUUUAGUUUUU